AUGAACAAAGUUUCAGCCGAAGUCAUUCGCUUGAUCAUCGCAAAGGUCGAGGAUUUCCGUGAUCUAAAAGCUCUCCGAUUUGUCUCGAAAUCUGUCUCAGUACCAGCCACCGAAGAGCUCUUCUCGUACUGCAGUCUGUAUCUUCAGGGUCUUCAUGCACAAGAGGGUGACGAUGGACGAGAAGACGUCGAGGAGGACAAUGGUGAAGAACAAGAAGGUGAAGUAAUCGGCGAGAUGGCCUCUACAAUAAAGUCUCGAUCAAAAACAGACAUGGAGGCACGAACCAACCUGGAAAAAGUCCUAAGCGUAUCGCAUCUCAAACAAGCCAUCUACACCAUCCGUUACAUAACAAAUCUCGAUCCUAAUUUAUCAAUGGAUGAAUAUAACGAGGAUUCGCAGCCCUUUAGCGCAUUCACCACCCCGAUGAGAAACCUCGUUGAAAACUCUGUUCCUAUUGGAAGGAAGAAGAUGGUAGGAAGCUUUAUUCUACUCGAGCACAAGAUAGCCAUGAAUAUCGCACUGCUAUUCUUACGAAGAAAGCUAUUCGCUGCUCUAAACAACCCAAAAUUUCCGACACCUGAUUUUACCACGUUGUCGCUGAAGAAUCUUCAAAAUGUCAAUGACCCGAUCUUGACCAAAUCAGAAAACUUCCUCGCAGUCUUGAACAGGAUCACGAAUCUACGUAUCAGAGUCGUUGUGGAAUACGAUGAAGCAUCUCCAGCAUCUUCAUGGGGCUUUGCUCCUAUGCAUGACUUCUUCACCCAAUUUCCUUCUACAUGGUUAGCACCUUGUACUCAAAACCUCACGUCGCUCACUCUCCAUUGCUGUGAGUUCUGGGGAUAUUUCCCCAGAUGUGACUGGAGGGAUGUACAUUUUCCGCAGCUCAAGAAGCUCGAAUUGGGAAAUUAUACCUUUUCCCAUGACUGGCAAUUAGACUGGAUUUUGUCGCAUGGAGAUACGUUAGAGGUAUUAGUACUCAACAAUUGUCCAAUCGUUUCAGCUAUUCGACAAUUUGGAGAUGCAAGUGAGGAGAAAUAUGUCAUGGAGCCUACAAAGGAUUCUGGCUCGGAAAAUGUUUGGUAUUAUCGAACAAAAUGGGCGGAUCAUUUUCGCAAGAUGCAAGACAGUAUUCUCAAGCUUCGCCUUCUUCAGAUUGGAACCGGAACAUGGCUACAUGGUAAAGGGUUCGACUGUGCGGAAAUGGAACUGGUGGAGGUAUCUGGCGUGCCCAAGGACCUCGGCUCGUAUUAUAAUUCGUACAAGCCGCCUCCUAAGUUUCCGUACACGUAUUUCAACAGAGGCCUCGGUCCAAGCCCAUGGGUGGGUACAGAGGAUUUCUCUAAAGAUAGUGAUGAUGAAGAGUCAACAGUGUCUGAGGACGGAGACGAAAAGGAUAUUAGCAUUUCUGUUAACAAUGAUCCGACAUUCGAGGCUGAGAGGGAUCAGUCUGGUUUUGAUGAAUUGAUGACAAGCAUAGGAAGUCGUCUUCAACAAUGA